AUGUUGGUCGGACAAGAUACUGCACAGAUAGAUGGAACAGGAGCAAAGUACCUAUUACUUGGGAAUAGUCUAACAGUCACUGAUAAGGAAAAAGACAUUGAAGUAAUGGUAGAUUCUGAACUUUCUUUCCAAGACCACAUAAGUGAAAAAGUGAAGAAAGCAAAUCAAAGUUUCGGAUUGUUAAGAAGAACAUUUCAGUUUAUGAAUUCUAAAACUUUUCUUCCGCUGAACAAAAGCUUGGUGAGAUCACAACUGGAUUACGCAAGUUCUGUUUGGUCACCAGUAAAAGUGAAAGAUAUAGAUGAGCUGGAGUCCGUUCAACGCAGGGCCACAAAAAGUUUACCUGGAAUGCAGGAUAUGUCGUACCAGGACAGGCUACAGAAGCUUAAUCUUCCAACUUUAACAUACAGAAGGCUUAGAGGGGAUAUGAUAGAACUCUAUAAAAUCACAAAUGGUAUAUAUGAUAAGGAUUUUGUAAAGCUUAAGAUGGACGCAGGAAUAAGAAGUGGUUGA